AUGGAUUGGGAAUUGAAUUUUUACAUACUUUGUUCUACUAUAAUCUUUUUAUUAGCUUUUAUCUUCUUGAUUUACCAAAAAAAUUCAUCUUUUUCUAAGUACAAUUUACCUCCAGGACCAAAUGGAUUACCAAUUUUUGGUAACAUAUUUGAUCUUGCUGGAUCAGAACCAUACAAAAAAAUUGCAAGUUUAAAAGACAAAUAUGGCCCUAUUUUAUGGCUAAAAAUUGGUCCCUCAAUGAACAUAAUGGUAAUUCAAACAUCAUAUUCAUCAAGUGAAUUAUUCAAGUACCAUGAUGUUACAUUUUCAGAUAGGAACAUAGUUGAUGUUAAUUUAGCACAUAAUUUCUAUAAAGGGUCAAUGGCUUUAGCUCCCUAUGGUAAUUAUUGGCGAUUUUCGAGACGAAUUUGUACUGUGGAAAUGUUUGUACACAAAAGGAUAAACGAGACAACACUCAUUAGGCAAAAAUCGAUGGAUAGAAUGCUUGGAUGGAUAGAGAAAAAAGCGAGCUCAGGAGGAGGGGUAAUCGAGGGGAUUGAAGUGACACGUUAUGUGUUCCUAGCAUCGUUUAAUAUGUUAGGUAACAUGAUUUUGUCUAAAGACUUAGUGACGGAUCCAGAAUCUGAACAAGGGUCAAUGUUUUUUAACGCGAUGAUGGAGAUCAUGGAAUGGUCCGGCGUUCCGAAUAUUUCGGAUAUUUUUCCAUGUCUAAAAAUGUUUGAUCUACAAGGUUUAAGAAAAAAAAUGAAACGUGAUAUGGGAAAAGCUAUAGAAAUUAUUAAGAAUUUUAUUGAAGAACGUAUCGAAGAAAGAAAAAAAGGUAAAGAAAAUAAAUCAAUUAAAGAUUUAUUGGAUGUUUUGCUUGAUUUUGAAGGAAGUGGAAAAGAUGAACCAGCUAAAUUAUCAGAACAUGAAAUCACAAUUAUUAUAUUGGAAAUGUUUCUAGCUGGAACAGAAACAACUAGUAGCAGUGUGGAGUGGGCAUUGACUGAGUUAUUGCGCCAUCCACAAGCAAUGACCAAAGUGAAAUUAGAAAUUUCACAAGUCAUUGGUCCUACUAAAAAGUUCGAAGAGCGUGACAUAGACAGUCUACCGUAUAUGCAAGCUAUUCUCAAGGAAUCGUUACGUUUACAUCCUCCACUCCCUUUCUUAAUUCCAAGAAAAGCAAUUCAAGACACAAAGUUCAUGGGCCAUGACGUACCAAAAGGGACUCAAGUGCUUGUGAACGUAUGGGCAAUUGGAAGAGAUCCUGAAUGUUGGAACGACCCUUUUGAGUUUAAGCCCGAGAGGUUUCUUGAAUCAAAAGUAGAUGUCAAGGGGCAAAAUCACGAGUUGAUUCCAUUUGGUGCUGGAAGAAGGAUGUGUGCUGGCCUUCCUUUAGGUCAUCGUAUGAUGCAUUUCGCGUUUGGAUCGUUGCUUCAUGAAUUCAAUUGGGAGCUUCCUAGUAAUGUUUCUCCUAAGUCCAUUAACAUGGAGGAAAGUAUGGGAAUUACAGCAAGGAAAAAACAACCAUUGAAAGUGAUACCAAGAAGAGUUUGAUAUUAGUUGUGUAUUUAUAAUUUUUCUCAUGAAUUAGUAUUGGUUUGGUUGAAAGUCUUAUGUAAAUUUAUUAUAGUUUGAAUGAUUUAAUGAGGUGAGAAUAUAUGUUAAUCAAUCAUAUGAUUAAGUGUUAAAAGUCUAUGUACAAACACGUGUUAUAAAA